AUGGACACGGCCAUAGCUUCUGGUUUCCUUCUCUUCUAUACUCUUAUCACCUUCUCUCCCUCUGUAGCAUAUACCUCCUUUCUCCCCAAGGCACUUGUUCUUCCUGUCACACGAGAUUCUAUCACUAGCCAAUAUGUUACAUUACUUCACCAAAGGACUCCUCUUGUACCUAUCAAACUAACAUUAGAUCUAAGUGGUCAAUUCCUUUGGGUAGAUUGUGAAAAGGGUUAUGUUUCAUCUACAUACCACCCUGCUCACUGCCACACCCCUCAAUGCAACAUUACUGGAUCCAAAUCUUGUAGAAAUUGUUUUCUGUCUAAGCCAGGAUGCAACAAUAACACAUGUAACCUUUUUCCAAACAACAUUUUCACUCACAUCAAUGAAGUUGGCGAGGUUGCACUUGAUGUUGUUGCAAUCCAUUCAACUGAUGGAUCCAACCCAGGCAAGAUGGUUACUGUGCCUAACUUUAUCUUCACCUGUGGUAGCACAAAUCUCUUGAAAGGCCUUGCUAGUGGAGUCAAGGGCAUGGUAGGUCUUGGAAGGAACAAUAUUUCAGUCCCUUCCCUUUUUGCAUCUGCUUUCAGCUUCCACACAAAGUUUGCAAUUUGCUUGAGUUCUUCAACUACUUCUAGUGGUGUCUUGUUCUUUGGUGAUGCCCCAUAUGUUUUCCUUCCAGGCAUUGAUGUUUCCAAAUCUCUCUUCUAUACCCCACUAGUCAAAAACCCAGAUAACUCAGCAUGGCCAUUUUUCCAUGGAAAACCAGCUUCAGAAUACUUCAUUAGAGUGAAAGGUAUCAGGAUCAACGAGAAACGAAUCCCAUUAAACACAUCAUUGUUGACCAUAGGUGAUGAGGGUGAGGGUGGGACAAAAAUUAGCACUGUAAAUCCUUACACAGUCAUGGAAAGCUCUAUCUACCAUGCCUUUGUUGAUGCAUUUGCCAAAGCCCUUGCAGAUGUUCCUAAAGUGAAGCCAGUAGCACCUUUUAAACUAUGUUUCAACUCAAAGGGCUUGGGUAGUACAAGGGUUGGGCCUGGAGUGCCCCCAAUUGAGUUUGUGUUGCAGGGAAAGGGGGUGUUGUGGAGGAUCUUCGGGGCAAACUCUAUGGUCCAAGUGAGUAACGAGGUUUCUUGUCUUGCUUUCGUGGAUGGUGGUGUAGAGGUAACAACUUCCAUUGUUAUUGGUGCGUACCAACUAGAAGACAAUAUCUUGGAAUUUGAUUUGGCUAAUUCAAGGCUUGGCUUCAGCUCCUCCCUGUUGUUCAUACAAACUACUUGUGCAAACUUCAAUUUCACAUCUAGCACUUGA